AUGAGCGGCAGUCGAGUCUUCAUCGGCCGCUUGAGCCCGCACGCCCGCGAGAGAGACGUGGAGAAGUUUUUCAAGGGCUUUGGACGGAUCCGUGAAAUCAACUUGAAGAACGGAUUUGGUUUUGUGGAGUUCGAUGAUCACAGGGAUGCUGAUGAUGCAGUGUAUGAAUUAAACGGCAAAGAACUGUGCAGUGAAAGGGUUACCAUCGAGCACGCUCGCUCCAGGAGAGGACGGGGCGGUGGCGGCGGCGGCGGAGGAGGUGGCGGGUCCAGAAUGGGAGGCUUUGGUGGCUAUCGGCCAUCGCGCAGCAGUGGUUCAAGAGGAGAACUGCAUGGAGGAAUAGGCCAAAAUAACAGCAAGUACGGACCUCCGGUGCGCACGGACCACCGGCUGAUUGUGGAGAACCUGUCGUCGCGCAUCAGCUGGCAGGACCUCAAAGACCUGAUGAGAAAAGCCGGAGAGGUGACCUUUGUUGACGCACACAGGCCCAACAAAAACGAAGGGGUCGUUGAGUUCGCAUCCCGAAGCGAUAUGAAGAACGCCAUCUCCAAGCUGGACGGCACCGAGUUGAACGGACGCAAGAUUAAGAUCUUUGAGGACAGUCGAGGCCACAGCCGAAGCCGCUCUCGCUCCCGUUCCCGCAGCCGCAGCUACUCGCGCAGCCGCUCCCGCAGCCGCAAUCGCUCCAGGAGCCGCAGCCGCUCCCGCACGCCCAGCCGCACCCCGGAAAAGAAGCCGGCAGGCGGCGGUCCCAAAACCGGCGACCGCUCCCCCUCCCGCUCCAAAUCCCGGUCCAAGUCCCGCUCCAAAUCCCGGUCCAAGUCUCGCUCCAAAUCCCGGUCCAAGUCGCGCUCGCGCUCCCGGUCCCGUUCGCCUCCACCGGCUCAGAACAACCAGUCGCGCUCUCGCUCCAGGUCCCGUUCGCGAUCUCGCUCGGCCUCCGCCGAGAGCAAACACUGA